CAGAAGCCAUCCAAACAAGCAGCAGCUCAUUUAGUCAUCCGCUCUGCAUUUUCGGUCAGAGCUUUCUCCUUUACCAUGUUUCCGUUGAGUUGCAGUUUGCAAGUGAAAGUGACCCCAACUCUGCUUAUUUAUAUGCCCGCUCGAGUGACAUUGCUGAUAUGAAUUUUCCAUCCUACCUAUUAACAAUUGCUCGGAUGAAACAAUAUCAGACAUAGGAUGAUUGCCAAACUAAGCAAAGCCUACAAUGUAACAAUUGGAAUUUGGCAAGUGAUCAUUUUGAUCUCUUUGGGCUUCUAUCUCCAUUUACGUCGAAGCAAGUUUGUUUCGGCAGACAAUUUAGCUUAUGUUCCAUCAGAACAAAUUUUUCUCGACUGCGGCUCUUCGGCAGAGAAAAGCCUGUUAUUUGACGGUAGGAACUGGUCAACUGACAUUGGGUCAGAUUUUACUGCUUAUAAUUCAGAUAGCAACUCCACUGUCUCCAGUGCCUCCAUAGGAACAGCAGUCCCAAGAGUCCCUUACAUGACUGCUAGGCUUUUCUACUCCAAAUUUUCUUACACCUUUAAUGUAACCCCAGGCCCAAAGUUCAUUCGUCUUUACUUCUAUCCAGAUUCUUACAGGGGUCUCAAUGUUUCUGAAUCUUUUCUUACUGUCACUUCCGGUCACUACACACUCUUGAGAAAUUUCAGCUGCUACCUUACUGCCAAAUACUUGAACGCGGCGUACUUUUUCAAGGAAUUCAUCAUUCAUGUUGAAAAUCAUACUCUGGAGUUGACAUUCAGCCCCACUUUGGAUGCACCUAAUGCUUAUGGCUUUGUAAACGGAAUAGAAGUUGUUUCCAUGCCACUUCAUCUUUACAUUCGAGGCCAUGACGUGCCCCUUCCUUUCAUUGGCUUCCUUCCGAAGAUGAUUAUGUUUAACAACAAUUCUGCCCUGGAGACGGUUUACAGAGCAACCAUGGGAGGCCAAACCAUUUCCUCCGCUCAUGAUACUGGGAUGUUCCGCACCUGGGAUGCUGAUGAGACUUACAUCUUUGGAGCUGCUUAUGGCCAGAUUGAUAUUGACAUCACUCUUUCAAUUCAAUACUCGAAGACGGUUCCAGCUUACACAGCGCCUGGAGAUGUCUAUCACACGGCACGUUCAAUGGGUCAGUAUAAUGAGAUCAACAGGAACUACAAUUUAAGUUGGUUCUUUCCUGUGGAUACUGGUUUUAAAUAUCUAAUCAGGCUCCACUUCUGCGAGAUUGUCCCUGGUAUAAACUUGGAAAACCAGAGGGUGUUUUUUAUAUUCAUCAAUAAUCAAACAGCAGAAAGCCAAGCAGACGUGAUUGUAUGGAGUAAGGGGCAUGGUAUUCCUGUUUAUCGAGACUAUGUUGUGAUGAUUCCGCCACAAGUUGUUGAGAAGCAGGAUUUAUGGUUGGAGCUACACCCCAACAUCCAAUCUAAGCCUGAUUUCUAUGAUGCCAUCUUAAAUGGAGUGGAGAUAUUCAAAAUAAGCGAUUACAAUGGAAAUCUUGCUGGACUCAACGUUCCUUUAGAUGAGUCUAAUGUUCAGCCUUCUCCUGCACCAUUCAAAAAGUCAAAGAAAGGAUUACAAAAGCAGAUUAAGUACUCACUUAGUGGGGCCUUUGUACUCUUUAUUUUCCUUUUAUUUGCUCUUGUGCUGAUCAAAACCAAGGCAAAAAGAAAGAAGGAAAAACAUAUGGAUUCAUCCCACUGUCAUUCUUUUCCUAUUAAUGACAUUAGAAAGGCAACUAACAACUUUGAUGAGUCAAAGGUUAUUCGAAAGUGGGACUUUGGGAAGGUUUACAAAGGAACCAUUACUGGUAUAGAUACUACAGUAGCUAUCAAGCGAGGGAGUAAAGCAACAACAGAACCAGAGUUCUUUGAAGAAAUAAAAAUGCUCUCUCAAAUUCGCCAUCACAAUGUCCUCUCUCUGCUAGGUUACUGUAAAGAAGACCAUGAGAUGAUUUUCGUGUAUGAAUACACGGAUAACGAUUCCCUCUCUGAUCAUCUUCAUGUGGUUGGUCAAAGGAAGAAGCCUCUGACAUGGAACCAACGGCUUGAGAUUUGCGUUGGAGUUGCUAGAGGUUUGCACUACCUCCACACGGAAGAAAAGCGUCCCAUCGUGCAUUCUGAUAUCAAUACCUCCAACAUCUUGUUAGACAAAAACUGGAGACCCAAGAUUUCAAUUUUCGGAUCAACCACGACAUCCUACAAUAGUAAUGGCUCCGAUGUCGAUGGGAGCUUUGGCUCUCCGGAUCUUAGCUACCAUUGGGAUAAAAUAGGUUCGGAAAAAACUGAAGUGUAUUUCUUUGGGUUGGUGCUGUUAGAAGUACUCUCAGGAAGGUCGGCGCCCAUUAAUCUGAAUGCAGAAAAUGAUGAGAAUGUUGGCGGUAGUGAUGAUUAUGAAAGUUUGAUUCCAUCGGCAUCAUAUUGCCUUGAGAAAGGAGAUGCUGAUAAACUUGUGGAUCAACAUUUGAAAGGAAAGAUUCCACCAGAAUCUCUUCGAAACUUUGUAAAAGUCACAAAACAAUGCUUGGCAAAGAAUGGGGUGAAGCGGCCAUCAAUAAGUGAGGUGCUUUACAACUUAGAACAGCUGCAGGUGCGUGGGGGUAGUGACUCCAAUGCCUCACCCAAAGGCUUAUUCCCACAAAGCAGCUCAGACUUGAUGCUUGGGGUGGAGUUCUCUGAGAUCAUGAUGUCUGAAGGUCGGUGAAAAUUGAAUGCUUGAACUAUACAAUUUAUGUUUGGAUUUUCUUUCUUUUCUACUUGUAAAUAAAACAUCUCAGAUUGGCUUUCUUUCUGAUGAAUGUUCACCGUGUAAUAGUUAUGACUUAACUGGUAUGUUAGUAGGAGAGCUUGAAUAUAGGUGUUACGUUAUAUAUCUUUGUUUGACUUCUUGCAACUUUAAAAACAUUUUGUAAGAAUAAUUCUUGUAUUACUAGUGUUUUUCCUCAAUGUAUGCCAUAGAGGUCUCUCUCAAUUCAAAAUAGAGUGAAUAAUUGUGUUGUAUUUCA